AUGCAAGAAAUCCCAAAUUUUCCGCAAAAUCUGCUAGACAAAGUCAACGCAGCCCGACACAAUCCCUCAGGCGACUCCAACGCUAAAUACGUCUUUCAUGUCAUCCACCAGAACGACGACGAUGAUAUGGACGCGUUUGAAGAGAUAGACUCCGAGGAUGAGGAAAUGGAUUCCGAGGAUGACGUCGAAAGGCAAAGCACCUUCGACACUCUUGAGGAGGCCAACAACGCUGCAUUAGCUCUUUUUAGAAGCAUGUAUGUGGAUUUCUUUGGUCAAGAAGAAGAUAUGUCAAACUGGUAUGAGGAGGGAACUAGCGAUGAGAAGCUGAACGAGGUGGUAUGGGAAGUCAAUGACAAAGGCGAGGUUUCGUUGAAAGCCCACGAAACUGAGGAUGGGAUGACAUAUGAAAUUUAUGUUUCUGCUGAGAAGGUCUGA